UGGCGGUGAACUGCCGAUUGGGAAGGUUUAUGCAACUGGUAGUAUCUGAAGUACAACAUGUGGCACGAGGCACGAAAACAGGAGAAGAAGAUUCGGGGGCUGAUGGUAGAUUACAAGAAAAGAGCAGAAAGAAGAAGAGAAUUUUAUGAAAAAAUUAAAUUAGAUCCUACCCAGUUUCUGAGAAUCUACGGAAGGCCAUGCAAGAUAAACCUGGACCAGGCGGUGGCUAUAGCAGCAGAAUCCCCACAGAGCAUGAUGCCAUGGCAGGGACAGACAGAUAACAUGAUUGACAGGUUUGAUGUACGGGCACAUCUGGACUAUCUGCCACAUUUUAAUAUAGCAGCACCUCCUACGCUUACUAGACAUGAAGAGGAAGAAGAAAGACUGUGCUGCUAUGAAAGAUACAGAACACUUGUAGAAAAUGAAUGUUCUGGCUUGACAGAGGAACAAUGCCUACAGCAGAUAGCUAUUGAUGAACAAUUUGGUGCUGCAAACAGAACAUUUCAAAUUGAAGAAGAAAAAAAAAAACUUGCAGGGAAGAAGGCUGCAAUUGGCUACACAUACACUGACAGUACCCCAGCCCCUGAGGAGCCAGAGGAGGAGGAGAAUGACAGUGAUGAUAGCAGUGACACCGAUGUUGAAGUAGCAGAUUUAGAUAUCACCUUGGAUGUUGAUACCUUGACCGCAGAACAGUUAACCAUGUUGAAUCAGUGUGCUCAGCUGUUUGGCAUGAAGGAAGAAGACUACACCAGGCUUUUGUCUAAAGACAAGGAGGAAAUUGAGGCAUUGCGACAAGCUAAGAUGUUGGAAGAAGAAAAAGCACAAUUUGCAGGUCGAAAAUCAAGGAGAGAGAGGCGGGCUUACAAGGAGAAGCGAUUAGCAGGCCGUAAACUGAGUCCACCAAGUUAUGCUGCGCGAGACAGCCCAAAAUACGAGCCAUACAGGAAAAGGUCAUCGUCAUCAUCAAAGUCUAGAUCCCGUUCCCGCUCCAAAUCACCCGAGACUGGAGGGAAGGUCAUGUUCAUCACAAGUUUUGGUGCAGAAAGUGAGGAAGAAGGCACCAUGCACGGACCAGCUCUUCCACCUAAACACAGCGUCGAGAACAACGGAAAACCUGAGGCUAAAAAGUCACCACCAUGUGAAAAGAGAUCUGCAAAAAAAAAUUCAAAAAAGGAACGAAAUAGGAGGUCAAGCUCCAAAUCAUCUCGAUCAAGAUCACCACAAAGAAAUGACAGGCGUAGUUCAAGGACUCCAAGAAAGAGAUCACGUUCGAGGUCAAGAGACAGAGAUCGUGACAGAGAUCGAGACAGAGAUCGAGGUCGGGGUGGCUAUCAAGGCAGGGACAGAUACGGACCACCACCCCGAUCUGGCUGGCGUGGCAGAGAUAACGACAAUAGAGAUUAUAGGGAUACUCGAGACUACAGGGAUAGUCGAGGUUAUCGGGAUAGCCGAGACUAUAGGGAUAGUCGGGAUGGACGUGAUUUUAGGGAUCGUGAUUAUAGAGACAAUCCUGAACACAGAGAUCGGGAUGUUCGUGACAAUAGAGACAGAGAUGGACGGGAUUAUAGGAAUCUUAGGGAUAACCGGGAUCGUGACAGUCGCGAUUGCCGUGAUUAUAGGGAAAAUCGUGACAGCCAUGACAACAGGAAUAGAAGGUAUUCAUCGCCGAUUAAAAGUUCUUCAUCAAAACGGAGAAGGUCCAGCAGUAGCUCCUCAUCAAAAUCAAGGACAAGAAAGUCUAGAUCAAGGUCAAAGUCUAGGUCAAGGUCACCAAAAUCUAGGUCAUUGUCACGAUCCAGGAGGUCCACAUCAAGACAUUCAUCACGUUCAUCAAGUUCAUCCUCCUUCUCCAGCAGAUCAUCUUCAUCAAGGUCAAGGUCAUCAAAAUCAAGGUCAAAAUCACCUUCACCAGUACAGAGCAAAGAAGAACCAGUGAUUAAGCGAUACCGCAGGCAAAGUCUGUCGUCCAAAUCAAGUGACAGUGAAUCGGAGGAGGAAAAGGAAAGCAAAACUAAUAAACCAUCCAGACCCCCGGGUGUAGCUGUGGUUGGUAAACUGACACCUCAAGCUCCUCAAUUAUCAGCCCGUGAGAAACUGAAGAAAAAAAUGCAGGCAGCUUUAAAUCGACAAUACAAAGCAGACAAGAAAGCAGAGGUUCAGAGAUUGGAAAAGGUGGAACGUGAACGAGUGGACAGAGAAGAAGAACUACGCCUUCGAGCUUUGGAGAUGCGACGAAAAGAGAGAGAACGUAGACACCGGGAGCGAGAAAAAGACCAAAGUAGCGGUGAUGAGAAACUGCAACAUUCACCAGUGUCAAGGAAAUAUGAUUGUGGCAGCAGAAGCCCAUCACCUAACCCCGUCAGUAGACAUAGGAAACGCAGGUCAAGAUCAAGGUCACGAUCACCUCCACACCGUAGUAGUAAACUUGUGUCCUACUGAAUGGAAAACUGACUUUAAAUGUCAAGGGUUAUUUGUAAAUUUAUCCACUGUAAACAUUGAGUCUUUCACAUUUACACUGGCGGCUUUUUAAGACCCAAAUACCUACAUAAUAAUCGAGAAUUUCCUUCUUGCUAGGUGUGACUAGGGACUGAGCAUUGACAGUAAACAUCUAGGCCUUUCAUACUCGUACUGGUGAUGAUUCUGACCCUAUUUCCAAACAUUUAGGCCUUUCAUUCUGGUAAUUGUGAUGAUUCUGGACCAAAGUACCAAACAUGUAGGCCUUUCAUAAUAUGCUGGUGAUUAUUCAGGACCCAUGUACCAAAAAUCUAGGCCUUACAUAUGUGUGCUGGACCUAAUUUGGGGCUGGAGUACCAACAUUUUGCGUACAGCAAACAUUCUGUCAUACUUUUUGGGUGGUAGAACUGAGGAGUUAUCAAAUCACCCUGAUCAUGUGAUACACUUAUUAUAUUUGUGAAGGAUGUUGUUAAUCUUGCGGUACAGUGACAACAAUUUGAUGUUUGGACCUUACAUGGUAAAAUCAGGAAUUUCUGACAACGCAGGACAUGGUUGAAACAUUUGGAAAGUGAUGCAGUUACUACCAAUAAAGUGAUAGUUAAUGAACAAACAUGCUGUUCACCAUUAACAAAGUACGAUCUGAUUCCUACUGAUUUCCAUGUCCUAGUGAUUAUCAGUAUUUUGUAAAAUGAUUAUGUUUUCCUGUUUAGAAUAAACUACCAUUACCAAAGCAUGAUCCAAUUCCUACUGAUUUCCAUAUCUAAGUGAUUAUCAGUAUUUUGUAAAAUGAUUAUGUUUUCCUGUUUAGAAUAAAUUCAAAUUACCAUUACCAAGUAUGAACUGAUUUUACUGAUUUCCAUAUCCUAGUGAUUAUCAGUAUUUUUGAAAUAUGAUUAUGCUUUCCUGUUUAGAAUAAAUUAUGAAAUAAUUUCAUACAUUGGACAGUUAAUGUAGUGGUAAUUUUAGUAUGAUUAUUUUAAAUCUGUAUAGAAGUUACUGAAUUUCUACUGCUACAGAAAAUGUGACACUAGUGUACUGGAGCUUCAAUAUCUAAUCAGUGUAUGUUGUUAAAUAAUGUUUUAGCCAAAAUGAAUUACAUGGUAAAUGUGACAGAUGAAUUAAGAAUUAUUUGUUACACUUCCAAGAAGAACAAUUCUUAUUAUUGGCUCAGGUCACUUUGGUGUUGGGACUGUCUAUUUUAGUCUUUGUUAGGUCAUCAGUAAAUAAAGAUUAAAAAUCAUACAGUUAAUUGAUUAGAGGUAAUAUGAUUAUUUAUUAGAGGUCAAAGGUCAUGCAAUUUAUUGAUUUCAUUCAUGAAUUGGUCAAAGGUCACACAAUUUAUGUUUUAAGAUUUUUUUAUUAUGUUUGUUUUGCCUGUUAUGUACUUAAGUAUGCUUGUUAGAUGAUUUCCCACUUAGAAGUGUUUAGUGCCAUGCAUGUGUUUUCAAUGCUCUGAAUGAAUUUUGCUGAUUUACUGGUGAAUUGGUAAAUGACCUAAUUAGCUCCCAUCCACAGUAUGUGUUCCUAUGAAUAAAAUAAGGAUUCCUUCAUUGAUAUUGUUCCAAUUAAAUUGGUCAUGCAACAAUUGGCAAAUCUUUUAUAUUAAAAAAAGCACCCUCAUUUUUGCAUUUUUUCCCCCAAGUGUGGAGUGCACUGGGUUGUUUUUUCUCAAUAACAAUAAGCCCUAGGUUUCUUUGUUGUUCUUUAAGAGAUGAUAUGUAGAGAUACAGCUUUUUGUGCUACGGGUGACUACCCGUUAAUUCUUUAUUUCGGAAUUACGUAAUUUAUAAUGGAAAAACAAUUUAUACUGGAAUUGAAUUUAAUGUCUUGUUUUAUUUCGCUAUGUAUAAAUGUGUAUGAAAUAAAAUACAUUUGGAAAUUUUA